AACGGUUAAAUAGCGCUGUCACAAUCUCGCACAGUUCACACAUUACUCUAACCUCAAAACAAACAAAUUUCUAAGUUUUUUAAGGAAAAUCAAAAUGGAUUUAGAUUUGCCGAGUUGUAUACAAGCAAAAUUUAAAUCCGACACUGGUGAAGAAGUCGGUAACACCUUGGAUUUGCCUCUUAACGUUACUAAGGACCAACUACAACUUAUUUGUAAUGCACUUCUUCAAGAGGAAGACAAACCAUUCCUUUUUUUUGUCAAAGAUGUAGAAAUUACUGCCAGUCUCAAAGAUGCCCUGGAUAUUAAAUGUUUAAACUCUGAAGAUGUUGUAGAAAUAAUAUAUCAACAACAAGCUGUGUUUAAAGUGCGACCAGUGACAAGAUGUACUAGUUCAAUACCUGGUCAUGCUGAAGCUGUUAUAUCUACUUGCUUUAGUCCUUCUGGAAAACAACUUGCUAGUGGAUCUGGUGAUACUACUGUAAGGUUCUGGGAUUUACAUACACAAACACCCCUUCAUGUGUGCAAAGGUCAUACAAACUGGGUAUUGUGUAUCAGUUGGGCUCCAGAUGGUACAAAGUUAGCAUCAGCAUGCAAACAAGGCAGACUAAUAAUUUGGGAUCCUGUAACUGGUAAUCAGAUAGGGAAAACUAUGACAGGACACAAGCAGUGGAUAACAGCAUUAGCUUGGGAACCAUAUCACAGAAACCCAGAAUGCAGAAAGCUGGCUAGUUCUUCAAAAGAUGGCGAUGUAAGGAUAUGGGACACAGUAACAGGAAUUACAGUUCUAAGCUUGACAGGGCACUCAAAAGCAGUUACAUCUGUGAAGUGGGGUGGUACUGGCCUCAUUUAUACAUCCUCACAGGACAGAACAAUAAAAGUUUGGAGAGCUGAAGAUGGAGUCCUCUGCAGAACUUUAGAAGGCCAUGCACAUUGGGUGAACACAUUGGCCUUAAGUACAGAUUAUGUACUCAGAACUGGUCCUUUCCACCCUGUUACAGAUAAACAUGCAUUUACAGAUGAUAAAAACAUUCUAAAAGCUCGGGCUCUUGAAAGGUAUGAAGCUGUAUGUCCACAAGGAGCAGAGAGGCUGGUGUCAGGCUCAGAUGAUUUCACCCUGUUCAUGUGGCUGCCUGAAAAAGAAAAACGACCUUUGGCCAGAAUGACAGGCCAUCAACAGUUGGUUAAUGAUGUUAAAUUUUCUCCUGAUACAAGGAUAGUGGCAUCUGCAUCUUUUGACAAAUCAGUCAAGUUGUGGGAAGCCAUGACAGGGAAAUUUAUAACUACAUUGAGAGGACAUGUCCAGGCUGUUUAUAUGGUAGCUUGGUCGGCUGACUCUCGCCUCCUACUGAGCUCAAGUGCAGACUCAACUUUAAAAGUUUGGAGUAUGAAAACGAAAAAACUAGAAUUGGAUCUGCCAGGACAUGCUGAUGAGGUUUAUGCAGUGGACUGGUCUCCUGAUGGAGCUUAUGUAGCAUCAGGUGGAAAGGAUAAAGUUUUGAAACUGUGGCAACAUUGAAAAAAAUAUUUAAGAUUAUAAUUUUAUU